AUGUUACCGCGCGUUGGCGUGGUGUAUACGAGGAAAAGCGAGUUGUCGCUUGAAUAUAAACAGCUUGCACAGUAUAUAGCGUUGUGUCUAGCAGCUAGCGGCCGCUGUGCGAAAACAUGGCUUAUAGGUGCUGCGAAACACGACAAAUACAAAGGAUCAGAUAAGAGCAAAAGCGACACUGAUGCUUUGGCACUGCGCUGUGAUGGCGUCGUGUUAGAUAGCAGCAAAAUCUCUGCAGAUACAUUUGAAGCGACAGUAGAUUUAAAAACCCUGCAUGAGUGUGAUCUGUGGCUGUUGAUGGUCGAAGCGGACGAGACAUUAAAAGUGGCCGAGUAUUUGCACAAGAUGUUUGGGAAUUCCUGUGAAAAUAGGCCGAAGCGUGUAGUGCUCAGUAUUCAGACAACAAUGCGUCGGCUUGCUCAGCUCAAUAUUGCACUGCCAGAGGCUAUAGUAGUGCAUGGAGGUGCAGCUUUCCACGUAGUGAAAGACGAUCGAGGACUGCUUAGACCUCUAUCUAGAGGGUGUUUCUUUGUGGAAAGAUUGUCAAAGGAGAAGUCUUCGGCAGUCUAUGCACUAGACUUACUCGAGAGCACAGGAAUUCGAGUACUCUGUCGUCACAAUAUCCAAGCAAUGAAGUGGGGGUGUACGAUGCUGCGCACCUUUUAUUACAUCAAUGCAUUGACAGGGAAAAGUGUUAUAGAUGGAUUAAGGGAUCGCAAAACACGCUUUCUUUUCUUGCAAGUGCUAGUGGAGAUGGAUGAGCUCUUUCAAAUUGUCGCAAGUGCAGCUACUGUGAACAAAAGCAAGUCGGGUCGAGUUUCAAUUCCAGAUACAAGCGCUGCAACUCUUUUCCCUGUGCAAUCACUCAUGGUGCUUCUUCCUUUGCCCGACUGGAUUUUUAAUAGUUUUGUCAUAAAGGCAUUUGAUCUUGGUCUAGUGGUACCUUCGAGCGAUUACAAGUCUGUCAUGACGUCCGAUUUGAUGGCAUGCCCGCCGUUGCAGACAAAUUUUGAAGCUGAGCUUCGCGACGUGUUUGAGCUAGCAGCAGGACGCAGUAUGACAUUACCAGCAUUAGAAAAGUUGCAGCAGACUUUUUCAUCCGCAAAGAUGCGGCAGCAACAAGAAAAAAAAGCUGACAGCGACUCUGCAUACCAAGUGCGAAUUGACAGUGGUGUUUUGCUUGCAGCGGUGAAGCUGUCCCCAAAUUGCACUACUGCCUCCCGCACUUUUUUUUUAAAGUGUUUCUUCACAUUCGUGCUCACGUUGCUGUUGGCGCUGUAUUUGUUUGUCAUGUAA